AUGCAAAAGAUCCGCGCGGAGAUGGCAGCCGCGGACGACGCCCACGCAAAGGCGAUCUCCCAGCUCGAGCAUGACGCUGCGGAGCGGGCGGCGCAGGAGGCCGCGACGUGGCGAGCGAACCUCGACGAUAUUCAACAGAGGGCCGAAAAGGAGUACCGGGAGAGGGAGGAAUACCACGCGACGGAGCUUGAGGCUCGGCUGGACGAGCUGCGGGAUGCGAAAGACGGCAUUAUCUCGGACUACGAACGCGAGCUCUCGCGCGCCAUGGAUAAACAACAUAACACCGAACGCGAGGUGGAAUUCCUGAAGGAAAAGCUGUAUGGGACUGAAAAAGAGCUCCGUGAUGCGGCGGAUCAAAUGCAAAAGGAGCGCUGCGAGGCUGAAGAGACUCUUGUUCAGGUGAGGGGCGAACACUCCGAAGCGAUGCAGCGCGCCGAAGGUGAACACAACACGCGGCUCAAUCUGUUAGUUUCGGAGCACAAGCGACUCUCGGAUAGGGCUCUUUUAGAGUUUGAAGCUGAGAAACGCACCCACCAAAUGCUGAUCACUCGGAUGAAAGAAAGCUACGAGGAGCUUCUGCACAAAUAUAACUACCGCGAGUCCCGUCCUGAGGAUGUCAAUCUUAUCAACCAACUAACAAAAUCUGGCCAUGAAAAAGAUAAAGCACUCAAAAAGGCCCAACAGGAUUUACAACUAUACAAGCUAGAGCUUAUUAAUCGAGAGGAGAAUUACAACAAACUCUUUGGAAGGAGCCCUGUUAUAGCAAUAGAUGCUCAAAACCAACGUACAGGUACCAGCCUUCCAUCAAUUAGACAAACACAAAAAGGCACUUCAAAGUAA